AUGGGCGGCGAGCUUUCGGGGUUCGCCGUCCUGGACUGCGGCCCCCGGAAGCUGCUCCGCGUGGCUCGGGCAGCCGAGGUGCAGGAGGCAGGCGACGCAGGAGGGGAGCAGUGCAUGGUGCGCUUGGUGCUCGCAGAGGUGAUCCGCGACAUGUCCCCGCUUCGGGGCCGGGCGACGGCGCUUCGGGGCGUGCCUGCGGUAUUGGUCACGGACUGCAGGGCCUUCUUCGACGGCGCACUGGCUCUUCGGAACGCCCUCGACGAGGGGCAGACGACAGCGCGCUGGGUACAUUCACAUGCGCACAUCGCUGACGGGUUCAUCGAGGCCAGUUGGCAGGCCUUCGGUGUGAUCUGGGCCUCCCUCGAGAAGCAGCAGUGGCGUCUCAUGUGCGACGAGCAGUUCAUGAGUGCCCGGAGGCGGGCAGCCCUGGGCAAGGGCGUCUUCGACGCGACGAACCCCGGCGACACGGCCACAGUGCGGUGGGUGCUCGGGGAAAGGCGCCUGGCGCGCCAGGGGCAGUCUACGGAUGGCCUGUUGGGGCAUGCCCAGAGCGAGACGAACGCUUCUGCACCAGCCAUCUCCGACUACCAGAUCAUGAUCUAG